AUGUCUUCCCCUCUCGAAAAUUUAGAAACCCAAUUAGAAAUGUUCAUAGAAAAUGUUAGACAAAUACGUAUUAUUGUAAGUGAUUUUCAACCACAAGGACAAAGUGUUUUGAAUCAGAAAAUACAAUCACUUGUUACUGGACUUCAAGAAGUGGAUAAACUGAAAUCCCAAGUUCAUGAUAUUCAUGUCCCUACCGAAGUUUUUGACUAUAUUGAUCAAGGCCGAAAUCCGCAGCUGUACACAAAAGAUUGUAUUGAUAAAGCUUUAGCUAAAAAUGAAGAAGUCAAAGGAAAAAUUGAUUCAUAUAAACGUUUCAAGAGUCACCUGUUAGCUGAGUUAUCAAAAACAUUUCCUAAUGAAAUUGCAAAGUAUAAAGCUAUCAGAGGUGGUGAAUAA